ACGAAUUACAAUUUACGGUGUAUGAUCUGUUUAAGAACUUUUGUCGUCCUUUUAUUAAAGUUUAUGUUAGUGGCGCUCUUGGUCAAUAUGGCGACCUUUAUUGUAAGAUGUGGUGUAAGUCAAUUAGAUAAUCAGCUCUCUAAAAUAGGAUUUACUUUUUUUUCUAAAAGUAGCUCUUCAAAGUGUUAUCGUAUACAUACUAGACUUAAUAGUUAUGCGCUUCAAUAUAACCAAUAUGGUGAUCCCAUCAAAAUGCUGCAAAAAAUAGAAAUCCCGACUACUAGAGAAGGGCUCAAGUCAACAGAAGUCGAGUACAAAAUGCUGGCUGCACCUGUUAACCCUGCAGACAUAAAUAUGAUUCAGGGUACUUAUCCCGUCAAACCUCCUUUACCUGCUAUUGGUGGGAACGAAGGUGUUGCCCAAAUUGUUAAGGUUGGCUCUGAUGUUAAAGGUCUACAUGUGGGAGCUUGGGUAAUACCAGAAUCUUCUGGCUGGGGAACAUGGAGGACUCAGGGAGUAUGUGAUCAGAAAGAGUUAUUGGCUAUUACAAAUGACAUUCCUGUCCUAAGUGCUGCCACCAUUGCGGUAAACCCUUGCUCUGCCUACAGAAUGUUGAAUGAUUUUGGUGAGCUACAGCCAGGGGAUACAGUUAUUCAGAAUGGAGCCAAUAGUGGAGUUGGCCAAGCAGUGAUUCAGAUUGCCCACUAUCUUGGCAUUCACACCAUCAAUGUGGUUCGCAACAGAGAAAACCUUCAGGAGUUAAGGGAUCAGUUGGUGAAAUUAGGAGCAGAUUAUGUAAUUGUAGAAGAGGAACUUAGAUCUCAAGUUAUGGAUGACAUUUUCAAGAAAAUUCCCAAACCCAAACUUGCACUUAAUUGUGUUGGUGGAAAUGCCCUGGAAAUGAUGCGACAUCUUGCAAAAAGAGGAUCCAUGGUGACGUAUGGUGGAAUGUCUCGUCAACCUGUUACCGUACCAACCAGUGCACUGAUCUUUAAAGAUACACGAAUCCUUGGUUACUGGAUGACUCAGUGGAACAUAGAACACCCUGACAGUCCUGAGCGAAGGAAAAUGUUAGAUUUUGUCUGUGACCUAGCUCGAAAGGGUGCGCUUAGGCCACCUAACAGUCGAUUAGUACCAUUUCGAGAUUACAAAGAAGCAAUUGAAAAGGCCAUGGCACCGUUUGUUAGUCAAAAGCAGGUGUUAGUUAUGGAAUAAAUAUUCUAGCAAUUAAACAGCAUUUUGUAACUUAGUUUAUCUGUAUUUGUGCUGAUCAUAACGAUUAAUUUAUGAAAAUGUCUUACUUAUAAUGUAGACUUGAAACACCAAUAAAUGGGAUCAGCUGUAAAGAAUGUAGUUUAUUUUUUGCAUAUUUCUGUAAGAUUCAAAUUUGUUACUGUCCAUUUUAAUAUAAUUUACAUCUUGUUUUAAACAGUGCUCUUUUUGUGGCAUUUGAACCAAAGAAAAAGUAUUUGCUGUUAUGAUUUAAGUAAAAGCCAUAUUUGUUU